AUGUCAUCUGAAGUGCUCGCGGAAGAAUUCGAGGUGCUCGAGGCGAUCUACCCCACCGAGCUCACAAAACUGUCGGAAAGGGAGAUCCGCAUCGACGUCGAACCGGACGACCCCGUCGAGGGCGUGGACGAGCUCGCGCUCGUCUUCACGGUCGAGUACCCGGAAGAGUACCCCGACGGUCUGCCGAACCUAUCUUUGGACGUCGAGAAGGGCGAGCUGGACGAGCGCGACAUACAGGGCCUGCUCGACGAACUCAGGACGGUGGGUGAAGAAAACCUGGGCAUGGCCAUGACGUUCACGCUGGUCGCGCACCUGCGCGAGCGGCUCUCCGCGCUCAUGCGCGAGAAAGAGGAGCGGUUACGGAAGGCGGAGGAGGAGAAGGAGCGGCGCGCCCUCGAGGCAGAGGAGGCCAGGACGCGCGGGACGCCGGUCACGAUCGAGUCCUUCAAAGCAUGGAAAAUCAAGUUCGACAGGGAGGUGGCCGUCAAGCGCGCGCGUGAGGAGGAGGAAAAGCUCAAGGGUCUUGCCUCGAAGGACAGGGAGGAAUACAAAAAGUCGCACACGCGCCCGACCGGCCGCCAUCUUUUCGAGCGCGACCGGAACCUAGCCAUCAUGGACGAGAACCUCAACGACGAGGACGCGGUCUCGGUCGACGUCAGCCAGUACGACCGCCACGCCGUCGAGGAAGAGGACGAGGACGAGGACCGGGUGACGUUCAGCGACAGCGACUGA